UGUUAGCAGAACCUCAGGAAACCACAGCUUCAUCUCGGUGAACGCGGCCUCACCUUGACCCACAGCGGCUUCAUUCCCAUCCGACCUGAGCCCCCGGCACAAACUCCAACUUCUCCUUCUCUGAGCUGCUUCAUCUUCAAGAGAAACAAUGACAGAGGGGAACAAUGUGACGGAAAGUGACAACAAAGAGCCUACCGCCGGAGACGUGCCCGUUGGGCCGGUCCCUGCGGAGGAGGACAAGCAGGAGAACGGAGACUGUAAGGUGGACUCGGCGGACAAAGCCUCUCCUCCCGCGGCGGAGGAGGUCGAGUUCGUCCAUCCCGAGGGCGGCUGGGGCUGGGUGGUCAUGCUGGCAUCCAUGUGGUGCAACGGCUCGGUGUUCGGGAUCCAGAACUCCUUCGGCUUGCUGUUCUUGUCCAUGUUGAAAGAGUUCGGCAAAGAGAACGACGAGGACCUGCGCUUCAGAACCUCAUGGGUGGGCUCCCUCUCCAUGGGGAUGAUCUUCUUCUGCUCCCCCAUCGUCAGCAUCUUCACAGACAUCUUCGGCUGCAGGAUUACUGCAGUAGGUGGCGCUGCUGUCGCCCUGGCCGGCCUCCUGGCCAGCUCCUUUGUCAAGAGCCUUGGUGUGAUGUAUUUCACGUAUGGCAUCGUGUUCGCCUGCGGCUGCUCCUUUGCCUAUCAGCCCAGCCUGGUCAUCUUAGGUCACUACUUUAAGAAGCGCCUGGGCCUGGUGAAUGGCAUUGUGACGGCUGGCAGCGGCAUCUUCACCAUCGCCUUGCCCUUCAUUUUUUCACCGCUCCUGGAGAAAGUGGGCCUGCAAAACACUCUGCGUGUUUUCUGCGUUCUCAUAUUUGUACUGAUACCAGCCGGCUUCACCUACAAGCCCCUGCUGCCAGCCAAACCAGCCGAGAGCCAAACAGGAUUCCGUCUGAGUCGGAUCUUCAACAUGAACAUCUGGAAGUCUGCAGGAUACCGUAUUUGGGCCUUUGGAAUACCUGCUGCUCUUUAUGGGUACUAUGUACCAUACGUCCAUCUGAUGAACCACGUGCAGGAGCGCUUUGGGCCAGAGGUAAACAAAGAGAUCCUGCUGCUGUGCCUCGGCAUCACGUCCUGCCUGGGCCGGUUCAUCUGCGGCAGCGUGGCGGACUUUGUGAAGGGAUCCAACAAAGUGUUCCUUCAGGUCCUUUCGUUCUUCGUCAUCGGCGUCAUGUCCAUGAUGAUCCCGCUGUGCAAGAUCUUUGGAGGGCUGAUCGCCGUGUGCCUGGUGAUGGGGCUUUUUGACGGCUGCUUCAUCUGCAUCAUGGCGCCCAUCGCCUUCGAGCUGGUUGGAGCCAAAGAUGUCUCCCAAGCUAUAGGCUUCCUGCUGGGCCUGAUGUCCGUUCCCAUGGUUGCAGGUCCCCCAAUUGCAGGGUUCCUGAGAGACAAACUGAAAAGCUAUGACAUGGCCUUCUACCUGGCAGGCAUCCCCCCGAUCAUUGGGGGGAUCCUGUUGUGUCUCAUACCAUGGGUGGAGGCCAGGAACAGGAGGAAGCAAAAGAAAGAGGGCCUGAGCAAGGAGCAAGACGUCAGACAGAAGAUGAUAGAGCUUGAGAAGGCUGAGGAAGAUGCAAAGAACAAAAUUGGAGAUUCUGUCAUUUAAGGCCUUUCCACUACCCGCUUCCCCCCAAACAAACUGAAAGAGACAAUCAUUGGGUCAGCCUGGGGUCAGUGCUGAUCAGCAGUGUUAUAAUGCUGUUCUUUUAUUUUGUUUUUUUAACCUUCAGUAUGAUGAAAUUCCAAAGCAAUGCAACAUAUCAAAGGUAAAGUGUUUGAACUAAUUCCAAGAUAGACGUGAUCCUGAUCUCUUUCCAGACAGUAAACCUCAUUGUAAUGCUGCUCUUUCAGUCCUCAGUGUCUUUGCCUGAAUAAGGAAGUCUUGUCUUGCAGCUUAACCUGUAGCCAUAGCUGGAGCUGGAGCCAUAUCACUCAACACAGGCAUUUACAGGCUUAAACAAGUUUAUGUUUAGCUUGCCUUUAGUUUGUUUUAUGGAUGAAUCAGCUUCAAAGAUUCCUUCUUAAUAACAAUUCUAGUUUCAAUAAAGUUGGGUAAAACAUAAAAAAACAGAAUAUGGGUUGAAAUCUUUUCAACCCAUAUUCAAUUGAAUUCACUACAAACACAAGAUAUUUAUUGAUCAAACAGAUGAACUUUGUUGUUUUUUGCAAAUAUUCAUUUAUUUGGAGUUUGAUUUGUUCAACACAUUCCAAAAAAAGUUGGGACAGUUUGAACAAAGCAGUGACACCUGCAGAAUGUGGCUUGGUAUUUUGUCUAGCUGGAACAAGCAGGGGCGUCCCUGAAAAAGACGUAGCUUGGAUGGUAUUACAUGUUGCUCCAAAAUGUAGCUCCCAGCAUCAAUGGUGCCUUUACAGAGGGAUAACCCAAGUUAUCCAGGGAUUUGUUUCAAUUCCCAUACAGACAUCUGAGGUUUUGUAUCGGCUGACACAGAUACAGAAAACCAGAACAGAACUCACUUAAACACAGACAUAAAUGAACACAAUUACAAAUUUGUUUGAUAACGCUUCACCAGCACAGCACACUUACAUACACCGGUUGCUUCACAAGUUCGGUCAACAGUAAAAACAAUUUACAUUUGUUCAGUCAGUGCAAUAAAUAAAUAAAAAACUGAAACUGAUUAAAAAAAAAACAAACAAAAGUAAAUUACUUUAGUCAAACAUUUAAAAAUAAACUGCAACGAGCCUUCUUUCAAAUGGUUCAGAAAGCGCAAUUAGAAAUUCUACAUAUAAUGUAAGAUAAAUAAUAAAGCAUGACAUCGCUUUAGCUUGGCAUGGUAGAGUUUUACCUUGUAAUGUAGCGACGAGCUACAUUAAAUAAGCAAAUAUUUGCAAAAACACCAUAGUUAAUCUGUUGAACAUUAAAUAUCUUUGUUGUGAAUUCAAGUGAAUAUUGAUUGAAACAGAUUUGCAUAUCGUUGUAUUCUGUUACGUUUCACACAGCAUCUCUGCAAAAACAGGGUCAUUAAUAUCUAAAAGGAAAUCUUGAAGGUUUGUGUUAAUUCGUGAUUGAAUCUGUGAGGACACUCAAUCAUUUCUAGGUAAGCUGCUCUUGAAAUUUCUGUUUCCAUUUCAGACUGACACACAGGUGAUGGUGGUUUUAACAGCACAAACCACAGAGUAUUUAUUGCCUAUUGUCCCCUUUAGUUUCCAUUUCAGAGAUGAAGUUAUGAGGUUUUUUUUAAAGUAUAUUUUUAACAGAUGUAAACAAAGCAGGAAACAGGAGCAGGCUGUUUGCCAAACGCUACGUAACCAGAACUUAACUAACUCAGGAAUUUUCACAGUGUUAAAUGUGAGCGAUUAAGACAUUUUUUGCUUCCUAAAUGUUGAACUAUUCCUUUAUCAAUGCUACAUCUUGCUUCUCUGUUAUGAAUUGAAUAGUGAUUCAUCUUUCUCUACAUGCCUUAUAUAACCUAAUGUAUCAAUUAUUGUUUUUUUGUUUGUUUUUUUGCUGUGAUUUAGGCAAAACUUCAAAACUCAAAACCACCUUACUAAAGUUAUCAUACUAUUUCAACUUCUCCAUGUCACACAGCAAACAUGGCCUUCAACAUAUUUACUUGGGAUUUUAUGCAUCAGACCAACACAAAAGCCUCCCCACAGCAUUAUGCAGCCACCACCAUGUUCCACGGUGGGAGUGGAGCAUUCAGGGUGAGGUGCACUGCACCUUCCAACAUGUUUGCUGUGUCUCAUUUGGCAAAUUCCGAAUGAGACUAAAUGAGAAUUCAUAUCUUAUUAUGUGAUAACAUUUUAAAAGCCUUGUGUCAUUUUCUCUCCAUCUUGCAAUUACACGCUGCUUUGAGCUAGUCUGUUGCCACAAAAUCCCAAUAACUUACACGUAAUAAAAAAACAAAACAAAACACAAAGUCCAGGUCAUGGAUUACCUGCAUGGACUGACGAUCAGAUGUCGGACUGGAUGAGUAGAUGGUAAAAAUGCUAUUACUUAUUCACCUCUAGUAUCUUAUUGUUUUAGAUGCCCUCACUGAUGAAUGGACCUGGGAUUUAAACAUUAACUAUAUGACCAUCAGAAGAUCUAGACUCAGUUAAUAAGUAACUUUGCAUAAAGUCCAGUAACAUAUAAGAGAAAAUAUAUCUUGUAUUUAUUUGUGUCUUGUUUUUGUUGGAAUUGAAUGCCAUAAUCAGUCAGCAUUCACCUGCAGCCUUUACCUUGUUCGCUGAAGACCAAAGUGUGAUGAAGUGAGUUUAUCUGACAGAGUGUUUGUCCUGUUUGUCUGCUGACAUGCCACUCUGUGAAGCCGACCUGCUGGUAGUGCCAUGCCUCAUGUCAAGUUUCCUGGAGCAACAUGGCUGCCCUGCAGCAGAACAGGAAGUGAGUGAAGACAGAGAUGAGUCUGAACUCCCCACAGCUGUGAAGCACUUCCUGCACAAAGCCAGAGAAACCUUUAUUUAAUACAAUAAGUGAGAGAAGUUUAUGGGUGUUUACUAACUAGACAAAUAUUUUGAAUAAAACUGACUUUUCACUACAUACAUAAUAUUGCACCAUUAUCUGAAUGGACCUUUUGCCUUAAAUGCUGCAGCUUUUUGUCACCAAAGUUUAGAACUUUUAUUAUGCUGUUCAUAUCUUAUUUUCACAUUUUGUCUAGAUGAUUUUAUAUAAAAGCUUCAAAACACAAUAUGUACCAUUCAAAAAGACAUAUUGCUAUAAAGCGGCAAAUUCUUAGAAGUGCUUUCUGUCUUUUAGAAGUCUACCUGUCAUGCUGGGCUCUUAUCAGCCACAAUGCUUUAGGCAUUUUAUUGUCCGCCUGAAUCCGCCAUAUGCAGAAUAUCUGCACAUAUGAAUUUGGCUGUUCUUUACUGUCUCUGUCUGAGUUUUGUAUAUUUUUGUCUUAAAUUCUUCUUUUUUUAAUGUUCUGAACUGAAAAUUCAAAAUGUAUCCCAACAUGAGCACCAACAGUGCUGUGCUUGGGUUUUACUGUUAAACUACAAUGGUAAGCACAGUCGCAUCUCAGUUUUAUAGAGUAAAAAAAGAUUUUUAUUAUUUUCUUGACUUCUUGCUUUUUUUCUCUCACUUUGUAUGGCAUGAAAACACUGGGCUCAGAGCUCCAUUCUUUUUCAUCACAAACAGUCAUAUUCAGUGAAUUAGAAUAUUAUUAAAAAUGUGUUUAUUUAAUUAACUCCAUCCAACCAGUGAAACAGAUUACAUACGGUAACUUAAUUUUAUGUAGACUCUUGUUUUCAAGUCUUUAUUUCUGUGAAUGUUUCUGUGAGCUUUUCCUAAAUGGUUCACAUUUUACCACAUGCAUCCCCAUGUAACACACACAACUCACAUGAUUGAGCAGAUAUUUAUGUACUAUAUGUUUAAAAUAUGCAGUAAAGGCAUUCUUAUGUUUUAUGUAAUGUCACUCAACCUCUACCUUAUUACAAAAUGCCAACAACUUAAAUUAAAGAUACGGUGGAUGGAUGGUUCAA